GCGACUACUAUUGAUAAACCAGGUUAAGAAUACAACGUGAAACGUAAAUCUCAAUAAGAUAUCAACUAAGAUGUAUAUCUGAUAAACUAAUCUGAGAUAGUUGUAACGCUACGGAAUACAUACGCAUCCAUCUCAAUAACAUAGUGCUGACAAAAUGUGUAAAAAAUAUAUUAGUUUUUUAUUAUUGCUCAAUUUGCACGUGUCAUGUCUUGGACAAGUGAUUUUAUUCGGCGAUUGUAAAGAGGUGAAGACUAUGGAGUACUUUGAAAUUGAAAGGUUCCUAGGUCAAUGGUACACAAUCCAACGCAUUCCUUCCUGGUACGAGGAAAACGGACAAUGUUCCUACAAGUUGGUCCAACAGUGCGAGAGAUCCAUCGUGUUCCAGCACCGGUCCAUCAGAGGCGGUAUCGAAUACAUGUUCCAUAUCAACAGUACUUACGCUCCGGGAGACGAAGCUGUGUUUGUUAUACCAAAAAAUAAUAUAGAUCCAUUUGGCAUCCCCCUAUCGGUAUUAAGGACUGAUUACACCAACUACGCGAUAGUAUACGGUUGCAAGUACAAUCAGAUGUUAAAUUUUAAAUAUGUUCUAACCUGGAUACUAUCCCGAAGUACAACAUUACCGCCCGAUAUACUUGACACAGCCUACGAGGAAUUGUACCCUCUACCCGGGGGUCUCGGGUACAUGGAGAGAGUGGACCACUCACCGGAACUCUGCGAUUACCACUGGACAGCACAUGUGCAAGCUGUUUACAAAAACGAUACUGAUACGAAUCCUUGACAUUUAAAUAUA